UGGAAAAUGGGAAGGAUUUAGAAGAAAUCCCUGGUGUCUCCAGCCAAGUUGGAGAAAGGGAGGAAAGAGCGAAAGCUUCAGGCUGUUAUCUUUCAAGAUCACAGUAAACACCCAGAUCUCUAAGAAAAUGAGGGUGUCUUGAUUCAAACGACAGGGGAAAGACAAGCUAUUUUAUUUUUCUUUCAAAGUGGACAUUCCCUUUCUUUACCAGCAUGGUAAAGUGAGAGGGCAAACAGCAGCAACCUGGAAAAUGUUAAGUCUGAGCCAAGAGUACCCAGCUAAGUGAGGGUAAACACAACCUGGGCGCUCACUCGGGUUUUUCUUCAUGCGCUCUUAGAAGAACUUGGAGAAUCAGGAAUAGCCCCAGUAAGAAUGAACUGCAAAGAGGAACGAGGGCAAAGUGGCUGCCCCAGCGAGGAGGACGUGAAGAAACCCCUAAAGUGUGUGGUGGUCGGAGAUGGUGCGGUGGGGAAAACCUGCUUACUGAUGAGUUACGCUAAUGACGCCUUCCCAGAGGAGUACGUGCCUACCGUGUUUGACCACUAUGCAGUUACUGUGACGGUGGGAGGCAAGCAGCACUUGCUUGGACUAUAUGACACAGCAGGACAGGAGGACUACAACCAAUUGAGACCACUCUCCUACCCCAAUACUGAUGUUUUUUUGAUCUGUUUUUCUGUUGUAAAUCCUGCCUCUUAUCACAACGUCCAGGAAGAAUGGGUACCUGAACUGAAAGGCUGUAUGCCCCAUGUCCCUUUCGUCCUCAUAGGAACACAGAUUGAUCUUCGGGAUGACCCCAAAACGUUGGCUCGGUUGUUCUACAUGAAAGAGAAACCCCUUACUUACGAGCAUGGAGUGAAGCUUGCCAAGACGAUUGGAGCACAGUGCUACUUGGAAUGCUCAGCCCUGACACAGAAAGGCCUUAAAACAGUCUUUGAUGAAGCAAUACUGGCCAUUUUUCACCCCAAAAAGAAGAAGCAACACUGUUCCAGGUGUUGCCAUAGCUGCUGCACCAUUGCAUGAGAUUAUGUGAGAUACUGUUCCAAGAGCUUACAGAAGUGAGGACGCCACUUCAUCCUGGGGCUCCCAUAUGCCCCUAGAGGGAGUACAUGACCAGAGCAAGAAUUUACUUCAACCCAAGGUCUUCCUCCAGUCUAUGAGACUUCACAUUAGUCAGUCAAAUAUUCUUUUCUUCCUCAAAAUCCAUACUCUUAAAAAAAAUGCACUGAGCCAAUAUUAUAGUCAGGACAGCUGUUGAUGAUGUUGAAAACAAAAUAAAAGGCAUCAUGCAUCUUUAUAUCUUCACCUCCAGUGAAUGUGAAGAUGUAGGGAAAUUUCUCCAGACUCUGUACCAGACCCUAAAGACAUAUUCAGUUACAGUUUGGCAGCUUUAACAGAUGCCUUUAACAAUAUACACGAAUCCAAUACAAAUUUAUCAGUCAAAUUUUUUCCUUGAACUGCUAUCUUAUCCACAUCUGUCUUACACAGAUUCACAAUGUUUCAAGAAGCUUAUCCUGUCCUGAUUUAUCCCACAAAAUCAGCCUAUACAGGGUCUGUUUCACUAACAUUUUAUAUUUUCAAUGUUCACACCAAAGACUUCAGAACCAACAUUUACCUCCAAUCUCACUUCUGAAUAUAAGAAGCCAAAGAAAACUUUGAGUCUCUAUCAAAAUAUCUAGACAGAGCCAUGCUUACCAAGGUUGACCAAGAGAGAAAGCCAUGGGAAUUUUUACAGACUUCAACCAAAACAAUGCAUCCUUAUUUUUGCCGGAAGUCCUUAUACAUGAAUCAAGGUAUAAUGGGGUCUGUUGGUAGCCUGAUUGUCAAAGAUUGUCAUAGCCUAUUUGAUGAUGGAAUUUUAGAGCUAGGAGGAUUUCCAGAGCUCAUCUUCAUUUUACAGAAGAAAAUGAGGCUUAAAGCCUUGCCUGAGGUGAUUCAUGGAUCAGAGAGAUCUCUGUUUCUUACCCAAAUUGGAGAAAUGGGACAGUUCCAAGAAAUAGCUGGAAGCGGGCGGACUCUUCUCAGUCUCCAUUCUCCCCUUCUGCCCACAAUGGCCUCUCUUUAUCCAUCCACUUGUCAAAACUUUCUCCCAAGAAAAAAUUUGAAAAACUUCACCCUGAAGUGGAAAGGUCUGAUUUAAUGCAAUUAAAUUCAACAAGCAUUUCUUAAAUACCUACACAAAACUCUGCCAGUUAGUGUAUAUCCUCCCUGAGCUAUUGUACUGUAAUAGGCUACAGAGCCAUAAGUAGGACAGAGCAACCAUGACUUUGCCACAAAUUUAGGUGGUGCAAAAAAAUUUAACAAAUACACUCCUCAAGAACCAACUGAAUGUAUCAGCUAGUUCCCUAGAAUAAUUAUUUAAAAUAAAGAGCUACUAGAUACUUAACACUCAUCUGGAAGCCUUUACAGUUAGUGACUAGUUCCCCUUC